AAUCCAUGAGGGCAACAACUGCACAAAAUGGCGACAAAACAAUUGAUUGAAAUCUUACGAUAUUCCUAAACCAUGUUGCAAUCAUUUAGUAGUUUAAAUUAAAUGCAUUAAUUUCAAAUCAUUCUCAACACUUAUUCAUAGUUUUAGUUUUUUGGUAUUGUUAAAAACAUUGCAUGUGCAACAGCGAAAUUGUUGUUUUAAGAUUGAAUCGACUCACCUGGACUUGGACCAGUCUCAGUUCAGUGGAAAUUUGUUUUGCUCGUGUGUAUAGUGUGGUGACCGUGGAUUUUAAUUAAUACCUGGAUUCUGCAAUGUGUUAUCUGAUGAACACUUGUAUCACUUUAGAAUCAAGAAUGAAAGAGUAAGAAACUAUAGUACACUUCUUACAUCUUCAAAUAUUACAUGACCGAAUUUCCAUUUGACUCGGAACUCAGAACCCACAUUGUGACAUUCUCAUUCACAAUCGAAUCAUACUGAACUGACAUCAUCAUAAUAUUCAUAGUCAUAGACGUAAUAGUCACAUAGGACAGGAUGAAGCUACAGAGUACUAUGAUGAAUAUGAUUAAUGAUGAGUAUGAAACUGAUAUUUCAGUAGCGUAGGCGUAAGCCUAGUUUGGGUAAAUUUGGACUAUAAUAUAUAUUAGGUAAUCUACCACUUGAGCGUCGGCCAAGAAAAAAUCCAGUUGUUCCGGUUGGAAGGGCUAUUUAAACAACUAUUCUUACAUUGGAGUCUGUUAAUAUUUUUGCUUCCGUAUAGAGACUAUAAAGUUAUAUAGCACAAUACUAAUACAUUUAAAUAAUUAUUACUGCCAAGCUACCGAUAUGCCAGGAAGAAAAGGAGACUACAAUUUUUUUUUUGGAUCCAGAUGACGCGGAUGUCCACACAGAAUGUGGAAAACGUGAAUGCUCAAAAAGCGUAAACUGAAAAGACAGUUUGGCACAAGAAGCGCCGGUGAUCUUUCCCCUUCAUAUUUACGUGGAUUCAUGUACCACAACCGUUUUCGUGGUAAUUAUAUUUUUUAAAACUUCAUUGUCAACUUGGGGGAGAACUAUGCAUAAUUCCAUUUUCACACAUUAUCUUCUAUUUCAAAAAAAAUGUUAUAGUUUUUCUAUUUAAAAAAAAUUGUAUAUUAUUAUGGGAAUGAAUACGUACAACCAAUGUCAUUAAAAAUAAUAUAAGAAUAGUUGUUUAAAUAGCCCUUCCAACCGGAACAGCUGGAUUUUUUCUUGGCCGACGCUCAAGUGGUAGAUUACCAUAUAUUAUAUAACUUAAAUCGGCGCCAUGAUGUCAUGGAUGUUUCACAUGUUUUCAUGUGUCCCCUUUCCAGACAUAAUUUCAACUGUUACAUUUUCGUUUUCCUCAACUAAAGCACAUGUGCGGCUUGAUCACAGUUACACACUGUGGUCAAGGAAAAUGUAAAAAAAACAUACAAAAUAAUUAAAUUAAUGAAAACCCAACUUACAGUUUCAUAGAAUACACUUUUUACAUGCUUUAUUUCAAGUUCAGCCAAAACAAAAUCCAAAAGUUGUAAAAAAAAAAAUCAAUGAAAUACAAUAUUAUAACCAUUUUCCAUAAUGCCGGAAAAUGUCAAUAUUAUAAUGAACCAACCAACCAACCAAAAUUUUACCUUUUUUAUCUUCAUAAUUCUAUGAUGGUUUGUAACUUGAACCAUUAUAAACAUCUUUUCAUACAGAAAUAAAACUCUUAUAAAUCAAAGCAGAUCUUCAUUUGCCGUCACUGUCUUAUGUUUUAAAAAGUCCCUAUUCUUAAAUUAAAUUUCAAUUGUUUCUUUUUGCAGUUAAAUUCUAAGUACUAAUUUGUUUACAUCCAACUGCAAGUAUCAUGCUGUUGAUAUUGCAGGCUUUUCGAUGUGAUUGAAUUUUGUUACUAUUGUUAACUUGUAUUAAAUGCCUUUUAACACUUUUUUUAAAGUGCACUACUUUAUUUAUUUCUCACUGACAGGUUAUCUUCAGCGUUCCAAUGAUAAAGCUAAAGUAGACAAAUGGCUCUAUCUAUUGGUUUUAAUUAACUCAGUUUUGUAGAUAGGAAGCUGAGUUAAUAGGUUUGGCUGAAAAGACAUAUAGUGACUAGAUGUAAGUUGGCUUAGUUAUAGGUAGAGUAAUGAACAAUUUCAUUUUAACAUAUUGUUGUGUUAUUUUUGAAUGGAUAAUUAAAUAUAUCAUAAUGUAAAUAAGAGAUAGAAUUUUCCAUAAAAGGGAUCUCCAACACACAAUAAAUAUUUCAUACCUCAUUACAUGUUUUAAAAAAAACAACAAUAGUUAGGUAAUCUAAAACCUAAAACUAUGCUGUAUAUUUUAUGAUUGUUUGUGUAUUGUCAGGAUCAGUAUAUUUAUGCUCAAGAAUUUUAUUAUGUUUCAUAUAUGCACCUUCUUUUUUUCAACUUUUUUAACACUUUGACACUUGGUGAUGCAUCAAAGAUAAUUUUACAGUAUUUUAUUCUUGAACCUUCAAUAAAGAAAACCAUUCAGGCAGUGACUAGUAUUUUAAUGAAUUAGGAACAUCAACUACUGGUAUUUCAGUUUUAAGUAAAUGAGGGUCAUCAUUUUCCUAUACAUUUGUGAGUGAAUUUUUUCUUCAAGCACAUAAAUUUUAUUAUGCUAUACUAUAUGCUUUGCAACUUUGUCUCACUUUCUUUGGAAUUUUGUUCAGAUGUCUAAAAAAUACAGCCGCAGUCUACUGCGUAUAUCUGUGGCUCAAAUUUGUCAGAAUUUGGGAUGGCAUUCUGCUCAAAGUUCUUCAUUAGAGGUCCUUACUGAUGUUUUAGAGAGGUACCUCCUGCAACUGGGAGGAACCUGUCACAGAUAUGCAGAGCAAUGUGAGUUAUAAAUAUUUGAAAACGAUGUUAUUUUAAACCACCAAACUCAAAAUUAUAUCCUUUUUUAACAAAAAAAUGAAUGUUCAUUCAAUUAUUCAUAGCAUUUUAUUAUGAUAAAAUUAUGAACUGUGCAUCUGUAAAUAAUAUUUUUUAGUUGGCCGAACGCAAGCUAACCUGGAUGAUCUUGGCUUAGCCUUCCGACAUAUGGGCAUCAAUGUCUCAGAACUCGAAGAUUAUGUUCGUCACGUGGACCCUGUGCCGUUUGCCCAUGAAGUUGUAGCAUUUCCAGCUCCAAAACCUGCUGCAAAUUUAGGGUUUCCAAAUCCAAGGAGUAGAGAAAUUUUGCAACAUCGUGAAGAGCACAUUCCAGACCACAUGCCAUAUAUGUUUCCAAAUAUGAAAGGUUUGUUAUAAAAAAACAACAAAGGAGGCCAAAAGCUGUGUCAAUUUUGUACUUUUAGAAAACUUUUAACUUUAUUUUUCAAAAUGAUUAAAAGAAGCAACAAUGUCUAACGCUGUCUCUAAAGCUAUAAAAAGUAAUUUAUAGAUAAAACAAAUAAAUCUAUACAAGGAGCGCCAUCCUGGGUUGUGUAGCUAAUAGUUUAGAUUUUUUCUUAGAUGAAAUUCCUGAAGAUAAAACAAUGGCCACUGUGAGCAGAGUGGACGUCUCUGAUACAGCAGAGUCUGCCAUUGAGGAUAAUAGGAAUGAAGAUCCUGGUGUCGGUGAGAAACGCAGUGCAGCGUCCAUCCCUGCAGCAGAGAUGCCUCCCAGUAAACGACCAAGGUAAUUGAUGGUGUGAGGACGAGUUUCAUUUCAUGGUCGUGCUUGGUAAAAAGCUACUAGCAAUUUUUUAUGUUUGAUUUUAUCUUUAAGGUCAAUGAUGAUCAUCACAAUGGUGAAAACAUUUGUUUUAAAACAAUUUGUUUUGUUCGUAAUUACAGAUUUGGUAACUCAAAUUUACCGGAAGAAGCCGGCCACUCUCAGUAUGAAAUGACAUGUGUUUUUAUGGGCCCAAAUGGAGUUUUGACCACCAGGCAAGGAGUUCAAGGUCGACAGCCAGAGGCUCGUAUGCCGCCACCAAACCCACGAAUGUUGAUAGAAAGUGCAAACAAAGAAAAUUCUGGGAAAUCCACCGAGCCUGGAGUCAGUACAAAAAUGACAGUUGGUGUCGGAGGUAUUGGCAUUAAUGGCUUGCCCAGCAGCAAGCAUGAGGGUAAGAAGAGCAAAAAAUCCCUGCACAAGAAAAGCUCACUGCAUGACCAGGUGUCCAAAACUUCAUCAGAUGCUAGCAAAAAAUCAGCAAGCAGCAAAGCAGCAGCAAAGUUUCUGAAAAAACUCAAAACUAGCAAAAAAUCUGCUAAAGUAUUUUCCAAAUCAAAAGUCAAGGAGCCCAAGAUACCCGAUGCCCCUCACAGGGACAAAAAUUCUCAGGAACCAGUGAAAAAACUACAAGAUCCCUUGAUUUCACCUCCUGUUGAGAAAGUUAAAAAGAGGAAGGAGAAGAAAUCUGCAGCUCUUGUUGUAGACUCUGAUGAAGAGCUGCGCAAUCUCCCCUCUCCCACCUCAUCGCGGAGGUCUUCCCCAGAACGACUUAUUAUCACAGAUGGUGAAGAUAAUGCUAAAAAGAAAGCUAUUUUAGAAGCCAUUGAUGAUAGUAUCAACUCAGUUCUGAGGGAUGGCCCAGUAAAAGAGGAAAGGGAAAAAAUCAGGAAGAAAAAGAAGAAAGAGAAAAAAGGAGACGAUGGCACAGGACAAAUAGUUGAUUCGACAGAUGGUAAAUCCCAUGAUUCAAAAGCUAAGAGAAAGCCUGGGAGACCACCAAAGGUUACCAAAACCCCUGAGCUUCCCCCGCCCAUAGACAUCAAACCUUUUGUUUCUGAAAAAUACUCCUCAGCCGAGCUGCUAGUAUAUGAGUUCAAGGACAGUCCACCUGAUGCCAGCAUGAAAGCCAGACGUCCCAGUGCUACAGAGACUGCAUCGUCCGCGGCACCUCCACCACCACCCCCACCGGCACAGCCUCAUGUUCCUCCACCAACAAAGCAUGACCAUCCUCCUGCACCGCCAUCAAAACCUGCCCCCCACAGAGCCCCAAAGAAAAUUGAGCCUGAAGAUCAACUCUUUGCCCCUGAAAUCAAGUUUGAGUCUCGCCCUGAGCCCUCGGAAGCUCUGAAGGACAAACUGAAGCAGAAGGUGAAAGAAGAAAAAAAAGUUGUUGAGGACAAAAAUAAAUUGAAGCACAAGGAUGAGAAGGGGGAUAGACACACAAAAAAGAAAGAUGUGCAAAAAAAAAGCACCAAAGAACAUAUAAGAGAGGAUAAAGAGAAGCAAAGGG